AUCAUAACCACAUACCCAUUUUAACUUAUAUCAUCUUCCACACAUAUUUAUUAGCAUUUCUCUUUUACAGUAUCAAAUUUCAAUGGCACAAGCAACUAAAAGGUAUGCAGUUGUUACAGGAGCAAACAAAGGAAUAGGAUUUGCAAUAUGCAAACAAUUGGCUUCUAAAGGGAUCACUGUUGUGCUUACUGCAAGAGAUCAAAACAGAGGUCUUGAAGCUGUUCAGAAAUUGAAACAGCUUUCUCUAACUGGCCUUGUGGUUUUUCAUCAACUUGAUGUCACAGAUCAUGCAAGUAUAAGAUCAUUUGUAGAUUUUAUUCAUAACCAAUUUGGAAAACUAGAUAUCUUGGUAAACAAUGCUGGAAUUCCUGGAGCACAUGUGGACAGUAAGGCUAUGGCUGAUGCUAAUGUUGUGGAAAAAGGUGGCCAAAUUGAUUGGAGUAAAGUAUUAACUGAGACCUAUGAACAAGCUGAAGCAGGUAUUAAAACAAAUUACUAUGGAGCAAAGGAAUUAAUCAAAGCACUUAUUCCCCAUCUCCAGCUUUCAAACUCACCAAAAAUUGUCAAUGUCUCCGCUUCCAUGGGAAAGUUAGAGAAAAUUCCAAAUGGAUGUCCUAAGGAAAUAUUAAGUGAUGUUGAAAAUCUUACUGAAGAAAAAAUUGAUGAAGUUUUGAAUAAAUUUCUAAAGGAUUUUAAAGAGGGUUCACUAGAAAACAAAGGUUGGCCUAUUCAUUUGUCUGCAUACAUUAUCUCAAAAAUUGCUCUAAAUGCCUGCACAAGGGUUAUGGCUAAAAAGUAUCCAUCAAUAUGCAUCAAUGCUGUUUGUCCUGGUCAUGUGAAAACAGAUACAAACAAUACAGGUUAUUUAACACCUGAUGAAGGUGCUGAAUCAAUUGUAAGAUUGGCAUUGCUAUCUGAUGGUAGUUCUUCUGGUCUUUUUUUCAUUAGAAAUGAAGAGAAACCAUUUUGAUGAUCAAAGAUUAUUUGUUGUUAGGAAACAAAAUAUAUGAUACAUAUUUGAAGGGGAAUUAUUGACUGUGAAACAAUUACUUAUUUAAAGUUCUCUACUUGUAUUGCACAAGAAAUGAUAAAAGUACACUAGAGAAAAUUUUCUUUGUGUUGUAUAACGAGGCACUCUCUCUUAAUAUGACAUGUCAUUGUAUGAAUUAUUUGAAAUUUUUGAAACAAUGUAAUAUUUUUAGCGGAUAUUUUUUCUGUCGAGUAUCUGGUGGAUAGGGUAAAAUUUCUUAGAAAUAGUUUCUAGAUUGCACCCUUUGUUCCAUAAAUGAGUAGGGGAUGCACCCUAUUUUGUGUUGGAAUCGUUAGAGUUUG